AAUACUCCCUUGUGUGUAAAUACCACAUUUACUUUGUGUAGUCCUCUGUUGACGGAUAUAUAGGCCUCUUCCAAAGUACAGGGAUAAUGAGUUAUACUGCUAUAAACACUUUAGUCCAUUGAUAUUAGGCUCAGUAUUGCAGUGAGAACUUGGAGAGCAAAUGAAGCUGCCCAGGCUCAGGAACUCACACAUUUCCCCAUCACCUCAGGGAUCCUAGGAGAAACUGCUCCAUGCAGCAGUCACUGCACAGAACUAUAGGUAGCCUCAGCCUCUCCAUGACGUCAGGAAGGACAUGGCCCCGCCCACCGCGACGUCAAUCAUCCGCAGCCAGGCGCUUCCGGCGGCGGGGUCCGCGCGGUGACGUCACUUCCGGGCGCCGACACGCAGCGUUGGCGGCGGGUUCAAACGCCGGAGCUGUAGUCUCGGAGACAGAAGAAGCGGUGCCCGGCCUGGGGCGUGCUUCCCGCCCGAGCUUCCCGCCCGAGCUUCCCGCCCGAGCUCCCCUGAGCUCCUGCGCCGCUCCGAGGGUCUCAGAAGCCGAGGAGGCGGGUGCCCGAGGCGGGAUGGCGCUCUCGUCCACCGUCUCCCAGAGGAAGCAGAUAAAGCGCAAGGCUCCCCGCGGCUUCCUCAAGCGCGUCUUCAAGCGACAGAAGCCGCACCUUCGCCUGGAGACGCGCGGCGACGUCCUGAUUCAUUUAAACUGUUUACUGUUUAUUCAUCGGUUGGCUGAAGAAGCCAGGAUAAAUGCUUGUGAGGAUAAGUGUGGAAUCAUUAAGAAGGAUCAUGUAUUGGCUGCAGCAAAGGUAAUUCUAAAGAAGAGCAGAGGUUAGAAGUCAAAGAACAACUCCUUGAAUAUUAUAUGAUGGCUUAUUGUAGUUGGUAACAUGUUGUAAAAACACUUUUUAUGUAUUAAUUUAUAUUGUGGAUUAUUAAAAUUUUGGCUGGACAAAGAA